AUUUUUGGCACGGUCACACUGAACAUAUGUUCCGGGAAGAAUGGCUGCGAUUUCGCGUCGGUAAAAAUAGCAAAUACUCGUUAAUGUGCUGUGGGAACGCUUCCUCCCCGGCCCCAAAGUGGCCCCAAAAAAGUGAGCAAAUGUGCGCGCCGCAAGAUAGUCUCCGCCGAACGAACGAUAGUGACGAAAGUGAUUUAAUUCAAAUACCAGCCCCCCCGCAAAUACGAUGAGUGUCUCGCGCGGCGGCAACACAACGCUGGACCUGCAGCCGCUCCUGGAGAGCGAUGACGGAAGCAGGGAGCAGGAGGAGAAGAUGGGCGGAUCGGGUGGGGCAUCGCUGCUGAAUGGAUCCGGUUCGAAGGAGUUGAGCCACCGGGAACGCGAGGACUCGGCGUUGUUUGUCAAGAAGAUCGGAAGCGCUUUAUUCUACGGCAUGUCCUCCUUCAUGAUCACGGUGGUAAACAAGACGGUGCUGACCUCCUACCACUUUCCCUCGUUCCUGUUCCUCAGCCUCGGCCAGCUAACUGCUAGCAUUGUGGUCCUGGGCGUCGGCAAGCGCCUGAAACUGGUGAACUUUCCACCUCUUCAGAGAAAUACAUUCUCGAAGAUAUUUCCACUGCCACUGAUAUUUCUGGGAAACAUGAUGUUCGGACUGGGCGGAACAAAGACCCUAAGUCUGCCCAUGUUCGCGGCCCUACGACGCUUCUCCAUCCUGAUGACCAUGCUGCUGGAGCUCAAGAUCCUGGGCCUGCGACCAUCUAAUGCGGUUCAGGUCAGCGUGUACGCCAUGAUUGGUGGAGCCCUGCUGGCGGCCUCUGAUGAUUUGUCGUUCAACAUGAGAGGAUACAUCUAUGUGAUGAUCACCAACGCCUUGACCGCCUCAAAUGGCGUGUAUGUGAAAAAGAAACUCGACACCUCGGAGAUCGGAAAGUACGGCCUGAUGUACUACAACUCGCUGUUUAUGUUUCUGCCUGCGCUGGCCCUCAACUAUGUUACAGGGGAUCUGGAUCAGGCGCUGAACUUCGGACAAUGGAAUGACUCAGUGUUUGUGCUGCAGUUCCUGCUCAGUUGCGUUAUGGGUUUCAUCCUGUCGUACAGCACUAUCCUGUGCACGCAGUUCAACUCCGCGCUGACCACCACCAUUGUGGGCUGCCUGAAAAACAUAUGCGUAACCUAUCUGGGCAUGUUCAUUGGCGGCGACUAUGUCUUCUCGUGGCUCAACUGUAUCGGGAUCAACAUUAGCGUGCUGGCUAGUCUGCUGUACACGUACGUCACUUUUCGGCGGAAGCGAGCGCCCGAUAAGCAAGACCACUUGCCCAGCACCCGCGGCGAGAAUGUCUAGCUUCGUCUUAGCUCAAACUCAAGCCAAAGCCAUACGAUAUGUUUAGUGUAUUACGUACUACGUACUCCAUUGCGAUCUGCGAUUUGCGAUUUGCGACUUCGUAUUCGAUUUUCCUACAACCACACAGCGCAUCGUCUCUGUACAUAUAUAUCUAGCAAUGUUUCUAAAAGAGUGUAAUUUAGCAAUUAUGUAAUUUUAAUCACUUUGUACAUUUGUCUGCAUGCAACUGUUUCCUGCAUCGAAAGUGUCAUAAGAAAUAGAAAUACACCGACUACCGCUCCUCCUUCGACAUGGGUGGGCCAGAUAA